AUGGCUAGCAUCCUUGCACGCAUGGGUAACAGCCGGGGGCAGAACCCCUUGCCACCUUGGGCUCAUUCCAUGCUGAGGUCCCUGGGGAGGAGUCUCGGUCCUUUAAUGGCCAACAUGGCAGAUAGAAACAUGAGGUUGUUCUCUGGGAGGGCAGAGCCAGCCCCCGGGGAAGAAACCUUUGAAAACUGGCUGAGCCAAGUCACUGGGGUCCUGCCUGAAUGGCAUAUGCCUGAGGAGGCAAAGGUCAGACGCCUGAUGAGAACCCUUAGGGGCCCUGCCCGGGAGGUCAUGCGUUUGCUCCAUGCUGCCAAUCCCAGCCUAAAUGUGGCAGAUUUUUUGCGGGCAAUGAAACUGGUCUUUGGGGAGACUGAAAGCAGUGUGACAGCCCAUAGCAAAUUUUUUAACACUGUGCAGACACAUGGAGAGAAACCAUCCCUGUAUGUGAUCCGUUUAGAGGUGCAGCUGCAGAAUGCUAUCCAGGCAGGGGUGUUUGCUGAGAGAGAGGCAAACAAGGCUCGCCUGCACCAGCUCCUUGUGGGGGCUGAGCUCAGCAGAGACCUUCGAUUCAGGCUUAAGGGGCUUCUCAGGGUGUAUGCAAAUGAGCCAGAGCACCUUCCCGAUUUCCUGGAGCUAAUCAGGAUGAUAAGGGAGGAGGAGGACUGGGAUGACACUUUUAUUAGGCGGAAGCGGCCCCGAUCUGAGUCAGUGAUGGAGCGGGCACUCAGUCCUAUGGCAUUUCAGGGCUCCCCACCAAUUUUGAUCAGCAGUGCUGACUGCAACGUGAUAGAGAUAGAUGACUCUCCAGAUGAUGAUUCAGACGAGGACGUGAUCUUGGUGGAGGCUGAGGACCCACCACUGCCGUCCUCAAGUGCCCCUCCCUUCCUAGGCAGGGCUAUAUCUGAGGACCAAGUGCUGGUCAUCGAGUCCCCGAACAUUCCUGACAUUCAGGUUCCUUCCACCAGCAGUGGCACUCGGCGUAAGAGCAAUCCUGUUGUGGAGGUGCGUAGACCCAGGAAGCGAAGGCACGCAGUCCACUGUGUCCAUUGUGGUGAGGAAGGGCAUUCCAAGGAAACCUGUGACAAUGAGAAUGACAAAUCUCAGGUUUUUGAGAAUCUGAUCAUCACCCUGCAGGAGCUGACACACACAGAGGAGGAGAGGGCAAGAGAGUUCUUUGGAGAACCCCUUGACUUCUCUGAGCUCCAGUAA